UUACGAAGAUCCAAAACCCUUGAACCCUUUUUUUCGCGCUUUAUUACUCUCUUCCCCUCUUUCUUUUCCGCCUUUCAACAUCCCAAAUACUAUCCGCGAGAGAAACCAGUCAAACCACCAAACUAGCAGAAAAAGCUUUUGGUGCACAGUUCUCAAAUCCAGACUAAAAUUCACACACCAUAGAAUUAUAGAGAGAGAAAAUGGGCGCGAUUACGAGACAAGAAGUGAGCAAGCAGUUCAAGCUUCGGCGCUAUACUCUUCAAGCUGCUGCACUUCAAGAGGUGCUUUCUUUCGUUAAUCGCCAUGAAUUUGAUGAUCCUCAUGAAGCUUUGGAUCUUCUUCUCGACCUUCUCGAUCAAGAGCCUCUGAAAUCGUCGAAUUUGGACAAGGAAACGUUGAAUCGAGUGAUUUCUACUAUGCUUGAUGUUGAUGAAGUUUCUGCUUCCAAUUCUCAUUUGCGUAUUAUCGACGCUUUCGUUAUUCCUAAACUUCGUUAUGAUCCAAUUCGGAAGAUUUUCUAUGAGUGUACAGUGGCACUUCCUAUUCAUGGUAAUGCGCCUGCAAAGGCAGCUUUGUAUAGAGAUAGAUUUGAGCAAUUGGCGCAAAGACUUUCGCGCCAUCCACAUUUCUCAAAACCUGCAUUUGAAACCGAAUCAUCAAACUACGGAUGCUGUGAGAUAGUUCCCAUUCAGAACCUUAAUUGGCAAACAGGGAAGAGGUGGAUAAUGGGUGUAAUAUCACAGCUGGAAGAUGGGCAUUUCUAUCUCGAAGAUCUUACUGCCUCAGUGGAAGUUGAUUUAUCUACCGCAAAGAUUACCACCGGUUUCUUUACCGAGAAUACAAUAGUUGUAGCUGAAGGUGAGAAGCUGUCGAAUGGUGUAUUUAAGGUCAAUACAUGUGGCUUCCCUCCCAUAGAGAACAGAGAAGAGUCUCUAUCAUUUGUUUCGGGAUUGGAUUUUUUUGGUUGCGGUACUCUUACGAGUGAGGAGACGAGAAAACUAGCGGAUAUGGAGAAAAAGGCAGUUAAUGACAUGUUUGUGGUACUUUCUGACAUAUGGCUAGAUGACGAAGAGACUAUGGGAAAGCUGAAAGAAGUUCUGGAAGGUUAUGAGUCCGUGGAGGUGGUUCCUUCUUUGUUCAUCUUCAUGGGGAAUUUCUGUUCUUCCCCAUGUAAUCUAUCAUUUCAUUCUUUUGCAAAUCUCAGAUCCCAGUUUGGGAAGCUUGGGAGGAUGAUUGCAGAAUACCCGCGAAUACAAGAGCAAAGUCGGUUUCUGUUUAUUCCUAGCCCUGAUGAUGCAGGCCCUUCAUCUGUUCUCCCAAGGUGUGCUCUUCCAAAGUAUUUAACAGAAGAGCUUCAGAAGGAAAUUCCAAAUGCCUUAUUCAUGAGCAAUCCUUGCAGGAUAAAGUUUUACUCCCAAGAAAUUGUAAUUUUUCGCCGUGACCUCUUGUAUAGAAUGCGGCGUUCAUGCCUGAUUUCCCCGUCUGAUGCUGAAACCAGCGAUCCUUUUGCUCAUUUGGUUGCUACCCUUGUCCACCAAAGUCAUCUCUGUCCCCUUCCUCUCACAAUCCAACCAGUUAGCUGGAAUCAUGAUCAUUGUCUCAAUCUCUAUCCAACCCCUCACACGAUAAUUUUAGGGGAUAGAAGUGAGCAGAAGGUAUUCAAGUAUGGAGGAGUUACAUGCUUUAAUCCUGGAUCCUUCUCAAAUGACCACACCUUUGUUGCAUAUCGUCCCUGUAAUCAUGAAGUUGAGUUGUCUGCUAUUUAAGCCUUUGUCUUGGUAGAAAAAUUAGCAUGAGUAAUCCGAACUUUUGGCCACCGGAAGUUCACCUUGGAAUUUACUCAAUAUAAUCCAAUUUAGGCUAUACUCCAAUUGUAAAUCUCACAUCACUUGGAAUAUAAUUAUCAGAUACAACACAACAGAAUGGGGUUGUUUUGUACUCCAUAUUAAGGUGGAUAUGUGGGGAUUAUCUAAGCAAAUGGGCAAAUGGCCAAAGGUGAAGAUUGCUCAUGCUAAUCUUCCUUUCCCUUGAUUUCAUUCUUAUAAAAAUAGAAAUCAUAUGUAAUGUUAUCUAGUAUUUUUGUUGUAAUUUUCGCUUUUCGGCCCUUUAGGAUAACAGAAAAGAAUUAUAAUGUGAAUUAUGUACCAUAGAUUUGCAUUCAUGAGGAGAUAUAUCUCAGUUACAAUCUUGUAAA